AAGAAAACCUGAUUAGUGGUUGUCGUUAACUUCUCGUUUCAGUCUUGACUUCUUGACCAUGUCCACCAUGUCCGCCAUGUCCGUGAGUGCCGCUCUUCCACCUCCUUCCCCCGCCCAGCCUAGUCUCCGAUCCAAGAUGGUCCGUCAGAUUGAGAAGCCUCGACCCCUUCUCAAGCAUUCCACGUCCUUGAUCCAGCCCCCGGUGUCGUCCAAAGGCGAUUCCAAGUUAGCGCCCAUUGAAGCUGUUCAAUCGCCCGAGGAUUGCCUGGCUUUGCUCGGAAGCGUGAUCCAAUCGUAUCAAAUGGAACGAUUCGGGUCUGAAACCCAAAACGCUAUAGUGGCCUUGAACGCUGCUCUCAAGAUCUAUGGCACGCAGAUUGAGGCUCACUACAAAGACCAGCUCAACGCUGCAAUGUUGUCCAUUCAGAAGGCUUGUAAAGAUGAUCGCUUGAAUUUGAUCUCGCGUAUCUACUUCCUCGAAAUUGUGGAGCUCCGUGUCAUGGAAUGGAAGAUGGACGAGAAUGUGUCCAAGUAUUAUAAGCAAAAACUUGCUCAUUUAGAGAUGCAAGCUAACCAAGAGUUGUCGAACACUUCUAGUCCUAGUAAGCGUGGAUUGAAAACUGAUCGGAGCGUGAGCUUGAACGCCAAUGCUCCCCAAUUCAUCCCACCCGAUGUCAUGAAUCCUCCACCGAAGUUGGAAAAUGAUCAAUCCAAGGUCAAACUGUCUGCAUCAUCCAUGAAUGAGCUUGUCAUUCGCAACCCUGAUUCUGGACGAGGUCAUCUUAAUGGCAUCUCGGUCAAUCCUAAGACCGAGUCUGAGAAAUAUCAACACUUGGUUCACAUUGGUCAAGAAAAGAUCCGAAUUUCCGGUGACAGUUUGGAGUUGGUCCAGGCAGCCAAACUAGUGUUGGACGAUUUCUUCACCUCCAACCCGAAGGUCUUGCGGGAUCCGGGUUCCUUCCCUCAAAACAAUACCCAGGAAAACCCUUUGACAAAACAUGUGGGCGUGGUCAGACAACCUUUGUUCCCAGCUGCCACCAAGGAAGCCUUUUCGGCGGCCAAGAGUUCGAACCUAGUUGAAAACCGACGAUCCUUGUUCGCCAAAACGUCUGCGGAACGACUCAUCAGAGAUCGAAUGGAUGAGAAAGUAUUGCCGAAGCCAUCCUCCAAUUUGGUGCCGGAGGACACCGAGGAAAAGGUUUCCUCUCCUUCAAAAUUAGACCUUGUAUACGACCGAGAUGCGAUUCUAAAGAUUGCGGAUGCUCCUUUGAGCCAAGUCAAACCCUUCAAUUGGAACGACAUUCUGGCCGAGUUUCCUUGCCUAGAGCGGAAACGAGAUGGAGGCCCAAGGCAACCUUCUUUCCAAGGAAAGCAGCAUCUUUACAAAUAUGGAAUUCUCGAGUUUUCGAGCUAUGUGAAAGCCAUGGAUGACGUGGAACAAAAUCAGGAUGGAUUUUGCGUCUCAAAUCUUUGAAUCAACUGGAGUCUUUUGGUCAUGAUUCAUGAAACUAAAAGCUAACCAAAUAUGGAUUUUGUGUCGGUUUGUUCUACAAUACUUACUCGCCCUCUCUAACUGUAUAUCAUGCUAUCAGUGUUCAAUUAAAAUGUGAACGGGAAAUUUGAAACAAAGAGCGCUCGCUGCAAUGUCCUCGUUUAUAUAUGCAUUCGAUGUCAUGUCGACAUCAAAGGCAUAAAAAGAGCUUUUGUGUUUACGUGAGUUAUUGGCCAAAAGGUUUCCAUGGAUCCUCAAAAGGGUUCUACUACGUUCAGCUUUAGAUCAUUUACCGAACACCCAUUCUCUUGAAGAACAUCAAUAUCUGAGAGAGGAAACAGUCCACCAACCAACUAUUCUACGAAUACAUUGCCAUAGCAUUUAUGUAGUAUAUUGUUGUAGCAUACAUUGACACCCUAGAGACGGAAAUGAACCCAAGUUGCUUGUCGAAUCGAAGCACGAGUUUUUCUUUAACGGAAUGCCUUGGCGUGAUUGAAUAUCGAGGUACCCGUCGGGAAAUAAUUCCGUUAUUACUGUAGAUUCAUUUCGUGUGGUGCUUAUCGUUGUGAAAAUAUCUUACCUUGUGACCAUUGACUUUUAAGUAAUGGCCCACAGUAGUACAUGUCGGUAGUAAAUGAGAGUUCUAACACCACUUUUUGGAAUUUGUGACCAACACCCAUAUCAUCAACUAUAUCACCACAAAUUCCAUCAAAUACAUCCUUUCAAAUCCGCACCCAAAAAUCCCCUUACUUGUUUUUCAAUAGAAAUCCCAAGCUCAUAUCGCUCCCCUUGAUUCUCUCGUUUGUGUGGAGUCGCCAUCGCUUCAGAUGCUGAUUCUUGAGCAAUCUGAGCUCUGUUGAUCUCAUUAGGCUUAAUAAGGAGAUUUUUUUAUUUCAUUUUUUUUGCGGCUAGGGCGAGAAGAGGAAGCACAUCGGAGAACAAGCUCGCGGAGGCGAGAAAUGUCGUGACCAGAAAAAGUCAUGUUUUGAAAAUUUGACUGAUUCUUAUUUACUGAAUCGUCCCUACAUAUGAGAUGUCCAUUGUAUAAAGACUUAUUAGACUUACAGCAAUAUAUAUUCUGUGAUCCGUUGGAAUUUCUAUGAAAUGUGCUAAUAAAAAAAUCAAACCUGA